CGAAUCAAGUCGCACUGCACCCAGUGACCAAGUCGUUGCUGGAGUCGCUGUAGCUGUCCCUGUCGCUGUCGUCGUUCGUCGUUGUCGCGCGCGUUUUAUGUGGCAUAAUUUACGAUCUCGCGGACGUUCUGCAACUCCAGAAUCUUGGCCGUCGACUCCCUCAAGCGAUGCAGCCUGCACUCAAAGCCACUUGCUUAUGAGAUGGAUCCCAAAAAUAUAGCCAAAACGUGUGCCAUGAAGGAGAAAAGCAAAAAUGCGGCACGCACGCGACGUGAAAAGGAAAACACGGAAUUCUGCGAAUUGGCCAAAUUAUUGCCACUGCCAGCGGCGAUUACAUCACAGCUGGACAAGGCCUCCGUCAUCCGGCUGACCACAUCCUAUUUGAAAAUGCGCCAAGUGUUUCCCGAUGGACUCGGCGAAGCUUGGGGCUCCUCGCCGGCCAUGCAGCGCGGGGCCACCAUCAAGGAGCUGGGCUCCCAUCUGCUGCAGACGCUGGACGGCUUCAUCUUUGUGGUGGCGCCGGAUGGCAAAAUCAUGUACAUCUCGGAAACGGCCUCCGUGCACUUGGGCCUUAGUCAGGUGGAGCUGACGGGAAACUCGAUAUUCGAGUACAUACACAGCUACGAUCAGGACGAGAUGAAUGCCAUACUGUCGCUCCAUCCGCACAUGCACCAGCAUCCACUGGCACAGACGCACACGCCCAUCGGAAGUCCCAAUGGUGUCCAGCACCCGUCCGUCUACGGCCACGACCGCGGCUCGCACACCAUCGAGAUCGAGAAGACCUUCUUCCUCCGCAUGAAGUGUGUCCUGGCCAAGAGGAACGCGGGCCUCACCACCUCCGGCUUCAAGGUGAUACACUGCUCUGGCUAUCUGAAGGCUCGCAUCUAUCCCGACUGUGGGGAUGGACAGGGCAGCCUGAUACAGAAUCUCGGCCUAGUGGCCGUGGGUCACUCGCUGCCUUCCUCUGCUAUUACAGAAAUCAAGCUGCACCAGAACAUGUUCAUGUUUCGGGCGAAGCUGGACAUGAAACUGAUCUUCUUCGAUGCGCGAGUAUCGCAGCUAACCGGAUACGAGCCGCAGGACCUCAUUGAGAAGACGCUGUACCAGUACAUCCAUGCCGCGGACAUCAUGGCCAUGCGCUGCUCCCAUCAAAUCCUGCUGUACAAAGGACAAGUUACCACCAAAUAUUACCGCUUCCUGACCAAGGGCGGCGGCUGGGUCUGGGUGCAAUCCUACGCCACGCUGGUGCACAACUCGCGCUCCUCGCGCGAGGUCUUCAUUGUGAGUGUCAACUACGUGCUGAGCGAACGAGAGGUCAAAGACUUGGUGCUGAACGAGAUUCAGACGGGCGUGGUGAAGCGGGAGCCGAUCUCGCCGGCUGCCCAGGCGGCCGCAGCGGCGGCGGCUCAAGCGGUUGCCUCCGUCCCCGUUCCCGUACCCGUAUCAGUAUCCCUGCCCGUGCCCGUGCCAGUGGUGGUGCCACAGUGUGCGAGUGUAGCGGCUCCGGCGCCGGGCACGCCGGUCAGCCUGGCCCUGAGUGCCAGUCCCAAGUUGGAUCCCUACUUUGAGCCGGAACUGCCGCUCUCCGUGCAGCCGCAGCCGCCCAAUGCCGUUACGCCCGUGCCGGCCAACAACAAUCCCAGCAGCAACAACAACAACGGGGUGUGGCACCACCACCAGAUGCAGCAGCAACAACAGCAGCAGCAGGGAGGCAGCAUGGACCACGACAGCCUCAGCUACACACAGCUGUACCCGCCGCUGAACGACCUGGUGGUCAGUUCCAGCAGCAGCGUGGGCGGGGGCACAGGCUCCAGCGCCGGCGGUGGAUCAAGUGCUUCAGCUUCGUCGUCCGGGGUCUACUCCACGGAGAUGCAGUAUCCGGACACCACAACGGGCAGCCUGUACUACAACAACAACAACCACUACUACUACGACUUCGACGCCACUGUGGACGUGGCCACCUCCAUGAUCCGCCCCUUCUCGGCCAACUCGAACAGCUGUUCGAGCAGCUCGGAGAGCGAGCGCCAGCUCUCCACGGGCAACGCGUCGAUCGUGAACGGCACCUCGCCCUCGCAGACCACCUACAGCGAUCUGAGCCACAACUUCGAGCUGAGCUACUUCUCCGACAACAGUUCGCAGCAGCAGCAGCAACAGCAUCUGAUGGAUCAUCAGCACUUGCAACGUGCAGCCGGAGGCUUCUGCGGCGGCCCAAAUCCUGAACCGGAGGUCUGGGCCAGUGCCGAAAGGUGUGUGUCCUGCUACCGGAUACGAGUCUAG